UCACUGCACAACAAGAUGGCGGCGGCGGCGGCGAGCGGAGCUGGCGGGGCUGCCGGGGCCGGAGCGGGGGGACCCGGACCGGCGGGCCGCCUGCUGCCUCCGCCGGCCCCGGGCCCCCCGGCCGCCCCCGCCGCUGUGCCCCCGGCGGCCGGCCCGCAGCGUCCCUCAGCCCCGGCCUCCCGCGGGCCGAUGCCCGCUCGCAUCGGCUACUACGAGAUCGACCGCACCAUCGGCAAGGGCAACUUCGCCGUGGUCAAGCGGGCCACGCACCUCGUCACCAAGGCCAAGGUUGCUAUCAAGAUCAUAGAUAAAACCCAACUGGAUGAAGAAAACUUGAAGAAGAUUUUUCGGGAAGUUCAAAUUAUGAAGAUGCUUUGCCACCCCCAUAUCAUCAGGCUAUACCAGGUUAUGGAGACAGAACGGAUGAUUUAUCUGGUGACAGAAUAUGCUAGUGGAGGGGAAAUAUUUGACCACCUGGUGGCCCAUGGCAGAAUGGCAGAAAAAGAGGCCCGCCGGAAGUUCAAGCAGAUUGUCACAGCUGUCUACUUUUGUCACUGUCGGAAUAUUGUUCAUCGCGAUUUAAAAGCUGAAAAUUUACUUCUGGAUGCUAAUCUAAAUAUCAAAAUUGCAGAUUUUGGCUUCAGUAAUCUCUUCACUCCUGGGCAGCUGUUGAAGACCUGGUGUGGCAGCCCCCCCUAUGCCGCACCUGAACUCUUUGAAGGAAAGGAAUAUGAUGGGCCCAAAGUGGACAUCUGGAGCCUUGGAGUUGUCCUCUAUGUGCUUGUGUGUGGUGCCCUGCCAUUUGAUGGGAGCACAUUGCAGAACCUGCGGGCCCGGGUGCUGAGCGGAAAGUUCCGCAUCCCGUUUUUUAUGUCCACAGAGUGCGAACACUUGAUCCGUCACAUGCUGGUGUUAGACCCGAAUAAGCGCCUCUCCAUGGAGCAGAUCUGCAAGCACAAGUGGAUGAAGCUGGGCGACGCUGACCCCAACUUUGACAGGUUAAUAGCUGAAUGCCAACAACUAAAGGAAGAAAGACAGAUGGACCCCCUAAAUGAGGAUGUUCUCUUGGCUAUGGAAGACAUGGGCCUCAACAAAGAGCGGACGCUGCAGUCAUUAAGAUCAGAUGCCUAUGAUCACUAUAGUGCCAUCUACAGCCUGCUGUGCGACCGACAUAAGAGACAUAAAACCCUGCGUCUCGGAUCCCUUCCUAGCAUGCCCCGGGCUAUGGCAUUUCAAACACCAGUCAAUAUCCAGACGGAGCAGUCAGGGACCACUAUGAACAUCAGCGUUCCCCAGGUGCAGCUGAUCAACCCAGAGAACCAGAUUGUGGAGCCCGAUGGGACAGUGAACUUGGACAGUGAUGAGGGUGAAGAACCAUCCCCUGAAGCAUUGGUGCGCUAUUUGUCAAUGAGGAGGCACACAGUAGGUGUGGCUGACCCACGCACGGAAGUCAUGGAAGAUCUACAGAAGCUCCUACCAGGCUUCCCUGGCGUCAAUCCACAGACUCCAUUCCUGCAAGUGGCCCCUAACAUGAACUUCAUGCAUAACCUGCUGCCUAUGCAGAAUUUGCAACCAACUGGGCAGCUUGAGUACAAGGAGCAGUCUCUGUUACAACCUCCAACCCUGCAGCUCCUGAAUGGAAUGGGGCCCCUUGGCCGGAGGGCAUCAGAUGGAGGAGCCAACAUCCAGCUGCACGCCCAGCAGCUUCUGAAGCGCCCACGGGGACCUUCCCCACUUGUAACCAUGACACCAGUGAGUAGUGGUACAGAGCCCAACUUUCCUGGAGACAUGAUAAAAAGGUUUCAGGCAGUCCCAGCAGUUACCCCUGUGGACGAGGAAAGCUCAGACGGGGAGCCAGAUCAGGAAGCUGUGCAGAGGUACUUGGCAAAUAGGUCCAAAAGACAUACACUGGCCAUGACCAACCCUACAGCUGAGAUCCCAGCGGACCUUCAACGACAGCUAGGACAGCAGCCUUUCCGGUCCCGGGUCUGGCCUCCUCACCUGGUACCUGAUCAGCAUCGCUCUCCCUACAAGGACUCCAACACCCUGCACCUCCCUACGGAGCGUUUCUCCCCCGUGCGCCGGUUCUCAGAUGGGGCUGCAAGCAUCCAGGCCUUCAAAGCUCACUUGGAAAAAAUGGGCAACAACAGCAGCAUCAAACAGUUGCAGCAGGAGUGUGAGCAGCUGCAGAAGAUGUACGGAGGGCAGAUUGAUGAAAGAACCCUGGAGAAGACCCAGCAGCAGCAUAUGUUAUACCAGCAGGAGCAGCACCACCAAAUUCUCCAGCAGCAAAUUCAAGACUCCAUCUGUCCUCCCCAGCCUUCUCCACCUCUUCAGGCUGCAUGUGAAAAUCAGCCUGCCCUCCUCACCCACCAGCUGCAGAGGUUAAGGAUUCAGCCUUCAAGCCCUCCCCCCAACCACCCCAACAACCAUCUCUUCAGGCCUCCUAGUAAUAGUCCUCCCCCAAUGAACAGUGCCAUGAUCCAGCCUCACGGUGCUGCAUCUCCCUCCCAGUUUCAAGGAUUACCCUCCCGCAGCACAAUCUUCCAGCAACAGGCUGAAAGCUGCUCCCCUCCUCCUAACAUGGCACUCACCUGCUUGGGCAUGCAGCAGCCUAGCCAGUCACAGCAGGUGACCAUCCAAGUACAAGAGCCUGUUGACAUGCUCAGCAACAUGCCUGGAACAGCUGCAGGCCCUGCUGGGCGAGGCAUCUCCCUUAGCCCCAGUGCCAGUCAGAUUCAGAUGCAGCACCGCACCAACCUGAUGGCCACCCUUAGCUACGGGCACCGACCCUUGUCCAAGCAGCUGAGUGCCGACAGUGCAGAGGCCCACAGCUUGAACGUGAAUCGGUUCUCCCCUGCUAACUACGACCAAGCGCAUUUACACCCCCAUCUGUUUUCGGACCAGUCCCGGGGUUCCCCCAGCAGCUACAGCCCUACAACAGGAGCAGGGUUCCCUCCAACCCCAGCCCUGAAAGUCCCUCCACUUGACCAAUUCCCCACCUUCCCUCCCAGUGCACACCAGCAGCCGCCACACUAUACCACAUCGGCACUGCAGCAGGCCCUGCUGUCCCCCACGCCGCCAGACUAUCCAAGACACCAGCAGGUACCCCACAUCCUUCAGGGACUGCUCUCUCCCCGGCAUUCACUCACCGGCCACUCGGACAUCCGGCUGCCCCCAGCAGAGUUUGCACAGCUCAUUAAAAGGCAGCAGCAACGACAGCAACAGCAGCAGCAACAGCAACAACAGCAGCAGCAGCAAGAGUACCAAGAAUUGUUCAGGGCCAUGAACCAAGGGGAUGCUGGGAGUCUGGCUCCCAGUCUUGGGGGACAGUGUAUGACAGAGCACCAGGCUUUAUCUUACCAACAUACUGACUCGUAUCCCCACCACCACCACCACACCAGCCCCCAGCAUCUUCUACAAAUCAGGGCGCCAGAAUGUAUCUCACAGGUUUCCUCCCCGACCCCGACCCACGGCUAUGCUCAUCAGCCAGCACUAAUGCAUUCAGAGAGCAUGGAAGAAGACUGCUUGUGUGAAGGGGCCAAGGACGGCUUUGCAGAGAGUAAGAGUUCCCAUCCGUUGACCAAAGGUUGCCAUGACAGCCCCCUGCUCUUGAGUACCGGUGGACCUGGAGACCCUGAAUCUUUGUUAGGAACUGUGAGUCAUGCCCAGGAGUUGGGGAUUCAUCCCUACAGACAUCAGCCAGCUGCUGCAUUCAGUAGAAAUAAGGUGCCCAGCCGAGAGUCUGUCCUAGGGAACUGCAUGGAUAGAAGUUCUCCAGGACAAGCCAUGGAGCUGCCAGACCACAACGGACUUGGAUACCCAACACGGCCCUCAGUCAGCGAGCACCACCGGCCCCGGACCCUCCAGAGACACCACACAAUCCAGAACAGCGACGACGCUUAUGUGCAGCUGGAUAACCUGCCAGGAAUGAGUCUCGUGGCUGGAAAAGUCCUUAGUUCUGCCCGGAUGUCGGAUGCCGUUCUCAGUCAGUCCUCGCUGAUGGGCAGCCAGCAGCUUCCAGAAGGGGAGAGUGAGGAAUGUGGGGUGAGUCUGGGGGCUCACGAACAGAGUGACGGCAGCCAGCACGUAAACUCCUCUUGCUAUCCAUCCACGUGCAUGACAGAUAUUCUGCUCAGCUACAAGCACCCCGAGCUCUCUUUCAGCAUGGAGCAGGCAGGCGUGUAGCAAGGAACAGAGUUUUGUGUACAGCUCGGGAAUGAAACGGUUGAUUUUUAAACCAACAGUAUCUAGCAGCAUUGCGCCAAAUUGCCCUUGUGUUUCUCUUCACCCAGAAUAUCAUGGUUCAUUUCCUCACAUUUGUUCACAGUGUGCUCUUUGUUCUUUUGGGUUCUGAGGCGGUAUUGCCAUAUUUGCUUGUAUGACCAAGACAUGAAGGAAAUAAACAGGAAAUCCAUGUUCUCCA